ACGUCGCCUUCGCGUCGCCGCCGCGGGCUGCCUCAUCGAGGAUGACGUUGCGGUCAAAUGUGGUGUGUCGUUUGCGAGACGCAGUGUUUUCCCACUUCUGGAGGAAUAUGUCCGCGAUUAGCGCUAACACUUCGACAUCACUCUGAAAACCCCCAUAACAAGAUCGAUCUCUGCAGUGUGGCGCAGCACAUCCGAGAGCCGGCCGCGCGUAGAUGGCCCUUGAAAGUGUGUUUGCAAAAGCUCUCCCUAAGGUUGGGCAUGCAAACAAAGACACACAGAAUGGAGAAAUGGAAAGUGGUGGUGCGGAUCCCGAAGAGGAUGUUCCAUCAGCUGACCUCGAAGAGGGAGAAAUUGUUGAUUCGGGCCAAGAGGACAGUGAUGACCAGAAAACUGGGCCACCAGGCCCACUGCUCAAGGGCCCUCCGCUGCCCCCUCAGGAGGCACUACGGCCAGCGUUCACCAAACUGGAGAAACGCAAGCGCAAGAAGCGCAAGAAGGAGGAAGCUGGCGGUCCUGAUCCAAAGCAGAAGCGUGCCCAUUACGUAGACCAUGAUCGCAUGGUGGAUGACACUGUGUGGUUUUCAUCAGAGUCUGGUGGUGGACCAUCACGGGGGCCACCCAUGCAUCACUCACACCAUGGCAGCUCCAUGCCUCCUAGAGAAUUUGGCUCUCCUGGCCCUUACGACGACAGCUACAUGCACAUGGCUCUGCUCCACGACCGAUUGGAAUAUGAGCGUUUAUGUGCUUCCCGAGGGGUGCUUGAGGAAAUGCUAAAUGAUGGCCUACUAAUGCGCAUACACCCAUGUGAUAUUUCUCCACGAGGAGGAUGUGAUUCGCCUGAAGGCAGCGGGGGCCCCGAGGGUCACCAAGAAGGCAUGGGGGGACCACCACCGCCCCACAGUGGUGGCUUUCCAAGCGGUCGAGGUGGCCGCGGUCGCGGAAAGCCUUUCAUGAUGGACAGCCGAAGGCCUGGCCCCCCGAAGAAGAAGAAGAAGAAAAACAAGUUGGCAUUGUCAGGUGGCAGGGGCGGUGGCGCCAGUGGAAAACGGGAUGGGCCACCCAAGCGCUCCAUAUGCAAGUUCUACUUGGACUCCAAGUGUGUCAAGGGGGCAGACUGCCCAUUUUCACACGAUGUGCUGCAGCCACGCAAGGCCGACCUGUGCAAGUUCUACCUGGGUGGCUAUUGUGCCCGCGGGGAGCACUGCUCCUUCAUGCACCAGGACUUCCCCUGCAAGUUCUUCCACACGGGCGCCAAGUGCUACGCGGACACUGCUUGCCGUUUCUCCCACCAGCCCCUGACGGAUGAGACAAGACGGCUGCUGCAUAGGUAUCUGGACAACCACGGUAGUCGUGGUGAUGAUGACAUUCCCCCCGGGUGUGGCCCAAACGGGCCUGAGCCUCUGGAUCGGCUCGAUGGCCCUGAUGAUGACAAAGGACCAGGUGACGACUUUGGAGAGGGACCACAGCCAAGCAAACGGCCUUCGUUGCUGGGUUCACCCCCACGGCAUGUGAAGGAGGCGGCUGAGACCUGGCGCAUGCAGUUCCUAGGGGGAGGGGGGCCGCCUCUGAGGGGAGGACUGAGUUCCCCUUCUUUUGGCCCUCCCCAAGGGCCACCCAUAAUGAGUCCCCCGAGAGGCCCAAUGCAGGGAUUCCCGCACAGGCCUGCAUUCUACAUGGACUCCUUGUCUCAAAGCCCCAUACGUGGCUCCAUGCCGCCGCCAGGUGCCAGCCCACCUCAGAUGGGCGGCCCAUCGCCUGUGCACUGCAUGGAGGACAGCUUUGGCGGGCCAACAGGCGCCGUGGGUCCUGGCGGUCCUAUGCGGCCCUUGCCCCAUGGCCAGAUGGGUGGGUUUGCAUCACCGAACAUAGCCUCACCACCUCUGCAAGAUCAGGGUGGCUGUGGUCUGAAUUUCGUUCCUGAUGGUGGUGGUAUGUCACCACUGGGGAUUUUCUUUGAUCCAAGUCAGGAUCACCCAAUGAGUCCACCACACCAGCAGCAGCAGUCCAUACCUGGCCUCAACUUGCUCAGCUCACCCUCCCCGCCGCACAGCCAGGCUCCAGAGCCAACCAAGAUUCCGUCGGCUGACACAAGUUCAGAUGAACCUCAUCAGUCACCACAGCGUCCCAUGCAUACUGAUGAACAGGACACCAGUGAUGACUCGCUCCAUGCUGUUAGUGACAAGAAAAUCCUUCCCCCAAACCUGCCACGGAGGCAACGAGAGCUCUUUAUGAGGAUUCAGCAGCAGCAGCGUGCAGCUGAGAUCACAGCAGCUGCCGAGUCACCCAUUUCUGGCAGCGCAUGUCAUGCAGUGGCCACUGACAAGACAGAAAACCCUGUAGCAGCUAAGCCUGAGCCAAAGAGCAUUGUCUGUCUGGGCAACAGUGAGAGCAGUGAUGAUGACGAGGAUUAUGACGACGACCAACCACUCAGAGCUGUCUUGAAGAAACUCCAGCAGGGACCGCUGGAAAGCACAAUGCCAGCAAGUGUUCUUGGCAGUUGCCCCACCAGUGCACCGUCAGCAGUGCCGCAGCCUGCUGUCACGUUGCCUUCCAUGGCAGCCAUAGACAUUGCCAAGAUGCUUAGCAGCAUCCGACAAGUUCCCAGUCAACCACAGACUAACUUCUGGAAACAGCUUUUCUCCGGAGUGCCUGCUGCCACUGCAGCUGCUACGCCGGUGACAGAUACGACACCUGCCUCACUUUCUUCAGUGCCAGCAGCAAGCAGAGACCCAAGGCGGGCCAGGGCCGACAGUCAGCUUGCCAAACCAUCAACAGAAGUGUCGCACUUGUCGAGAGACCCAAGACUCAGAGACAAGCCACCAGCUGUCCUCAAAGCUACAGAAGUGGCCUUUGUGGAAUCUAAGGAUGGAGAUGUGCCUUACCGACUCACAUCAAUUCUCAGGGCACUUCCAAAGUAUGAUGAUGUUGCACGCAGUGGUACAAUCCCAGAGUCUAAGCUCAAGAAUGAUCCACGUCUUGCCAAGUAUGCAAGCCAAAAGGUGCCCGAGGUUGUGCCUCCUGCAGAAGUCGUGCAGUCAGUCACGCUUCCCCUGCCUGCUGCAACUGUGUUGCCAAAGCUGCCCACUGUCAGCAAGCGUGAUCCAAGAAUGGCGCGUCAUUUUGAACAGCAGCAGCCACCACAGCAACCACAGAUGGUGGAAAACAAGCCACUUAUUUCAGAACCACCAAAGGUCACACCUCUGCCUGCUGAAGUCGUUAGAAAAGCUGAUCCCAGGAAAGCUGCUGCACUAGCUGCCAACGGUAGUGCGGUGCCACUACGAUUGGACCCACGCCUUGCGAGACGGCUCGAUCAACCGCAAAAGGUGGCUACCCCGAGUACGGGUGAGACACCUGCCUCAAAGCCCAAAGACGAAAGCACAGUGAAUGUUGACGGAGAGCAACAGCAGGAAACCAAGCUGCCCGUCAAGCGAGAUCCCAGGCAUAGGACCAGGGGCGCUGGAAGACCCAAGGCAAGUGCUGAUGGGGCAGGUCGCAAGAACCGGAUGGACUAUGCGUCACCUUUGAGUACGUACGAAAGCGAGGAGGACAGGCCUAGUGGCUACAGCAGCUACCAGCGGCGACCACAGCCACGACCGCCCGUUCUCCCCGCUGACGUGCCAGCAUCCGUCAUGCCGCCGCCCCCACCAGUCAUGCCACCAGCCCCAGCUAUGCAUGACCUGAUGCCAAAUGUGCCACCUUCAGGCGUCAUCUCAGAUGACCUCUUGUUUGAGGCCGACCAGGCCAUGAAGUCACUCAAGGAUGUGUUCAAGACGAAAGAUCCAACAGCUUCACCGUUUUGCUGAUGAAAGUGGCUGCUUUUGUAAAUAGCAUGACCAGGAAAUUGUUUCAAGCACAAGUUGCUUACUGUUUGGGAUGUGGCUCCUGGUGGGACCCCCUGUGCAAUGUGGGCCAGCGAGUAUUGGACCCCCUGUGCAAUGUGUGCCAGCAAGUAUUGCCCAUACUGUACAUAGCCUCCACACGGAACACAAAUAGGCUGUUGUCAUGGUGCCAAAUGGCACUGAAGAAAGUGCACGCGACACUGCAGACCUGUGGGCAAUGCUGCCAAGCACAACCAAAGCAAUAGCUUGCCAUCCGUGAACGCUGAUCAAUGGAAGCAUGGAGGAACAGGUUUCAUGAGGUGUGCUGUGUACAUAGAACUACUGCUGUGUCUUCAGUCUCGGAAAGGCCGACUGCUUACAGUCUGCACUGCUCAUGAUGAAGUGCAGAACUGCCAGUGCCUUUGUGGCUUCCUCACAUAUUUUAUUUGCCUGUGUGUAAUUAUCCAUCUCCCACUCUCUUGCCCGGUUUAACGGUCUGUGCAGAAAGGUCAACACGAACAUGUUCAGUGAGGCAUAAAGGUUUUUCAUGUGGGCAUGAGUGAAAACAUGCGUUUUGCCUCACAAUCAGUCCAAAGUUAAAAAGAUGUACUGGGAGAACAACAGAUAUGGUCCAGCACAAGGGAUACGCAUUUCUCUGUUCUUAAUGGACUGGUGGGACAAAAUAAAGAACUUUACCAUACUCUCUCUGAGACCGGGACAACAUGAA